AUGUCCCCGGACAAAUCCAGAGUGUUACUAAUCCAAUCCGCCCGGCACGGUGGCUGGGUCCUGCCCAAGGGCGGCUGGGAACUGGACGAAGUGUCCGCCCAGCAAGCCGCCUGCCGUGAAGCCUGGGAGGAAGCAGGCGUCGUCUGCGCCGUCCUCCGUGACCUGGGCAAGAUUGCAGACAUGCGCACCCCGGCUCAAGUCUCGCAGAAGGCUCCCAGGAUCCUGUAUCAGUUCUUCGAGGUCCGCGUCGAUCGCGAGGAGGCGCAGUGGCCUGAAAUGCACAAGCGGAAACGCCAGUGGGUUACAUACGCGCAAGCUGCGGCGGCGUUGGCGUCUCGACCUGAGUUGCUCGAUGCGUUGAAUCGCAGCUCUGUCAAGAGAUAG